AACACUCGCAGCGUCUACAACAAUCUUCUAGAAGUAGAGGAGCAUACUACUCCUUACCAGCAGCCUCACUUGCCGAGAGCUAACAGCAGGCUGAGCGACCACGCCGAGUUCUUGCCCAUUCACUCUGGAGAGAGACAGAGAAGCGUCGAAACUCAGCACGCGAGAGUGAAGCCAACGAACUGUUUCUUAAGGCGCAUCUCCAUUGGUUUAUAAGCAGUAUCAAGAUCUCUUCAUUUGGCAGCGUGUAAUAAGGCAGGAAAUUCCUACCAGGUAGAGCACGUGGCGGUGCAAAGGAGAUAUCUGAAGACGCUCUGAACUUGAGAAUGAGGUGACUUCAGAGUGACACCAACCAAUAGAUCUUCAGUCAAACAAAAUGAACAAGGGUCUUGUGUUCCUGUGUUACUUCCUGUACGUGUGGUGCAGAUGCAAUGGCGCGGUAUACACGCCAUCGGGUGGUCCCGUGUAUGUGAAUCCAGAAGUGGCGGCUGCGCAGUCCGUUACGAUUCAACAGCAACAGAAUGAAGCGGUGGAGCUUCUCACACAAACUGUCUAUGGGUUCCUUGACUUCACUACAACCAUUGGCAACACCGUAAUGGUCUUCUCUCCUCAGAGUGCAUUAGCAGAUGGCGGCAAGAAAACUGCCGCUGCCACAUCUUCAGCCAUAGAAACCAAACCUAUAAAACUAACUUCGACUUCUGCGCCACCAGUAUUAGAGAUAAAACCAAGUAAAACAACAGGGAAAUUUUCAGAAAACAAAGGCUCUACUUCUCAGUCGGGAAACGCUCCUAGCAACAAGAGAUUAACAUCAAAUGUUGAGGUGAAGGCUGGGACUCCUGCUACCAUAUUCUCCAGCGUAGUUGAGGUUCGUGGAGGUGGGUCGCCGUCGAGUGUGGUGAAUGUUAACCAGGGACCGUCCAGUAUUGUUGAAAUGAAGGGAGGUUCUUCAAGUGCAGUUCAGAUUCGUGGGGGAACAUCGUCUGUGCUCUCCAGUAAGGUAGAAGUUAGAGGCGGUACAUCCGCUGUUUCUAAUGCGAAGGAACCAUCGGCAAAAGUGGAGGUACACAAAGGACCAAGCAGCGUGGUAGAAGUGAAGGCGAGUCCGUCGAAGAUCUUGUUCAGCCAUGUGGAGGUUGUCGGAGGUGAUAUCCCGCCUUCAGUGACAGCGGUGGAAAAUCACCAGGAUCAUCACAACGAAGUGCCCACCAUUUUCUCGAGUGUGGUGGAAGUGAGGUCUAGCAGCGAGGAGCCUGCCUUAUCCGGCAACAACAUCGUGGAGCCAGAAUACGACUUCUUGUCUAGACAACCGUCCGAGGUCGUAGAUGAGACCUAUAAGGUGAUAAAUCUGAGACCAAGCUCGAAAUUUCACCUAAAACCCCGCCAGUCCGACAUUCGAAGCAAAGUUAAUGUAAUCACCAGUCAUCACGGCAACAAAGCGACACGGGGGGGUGGAGAGCAGUCACAACCUACGGGCCUCGUAACUACGCUCGGAGGAACUGUGGUCAAGGAGGGAGUGACCACGGUGCACGAGACCAGCGUCAUCGGGACUUACAUCUCAGGGAAGUAUGCACAGGUUCUGCAGAGCACCUCCCGUAUCUUCCAGGCACAUCACGGGAAGCCAAAACCAACUCCUUCAUCCUCACUGAGAAUCCUGAAGACAGCCGCGCCUGUCUUAGGAAAGUCCAGGGGCUCUGCUCAUUUGGAGCCGACUCCUGCCGGAUCCCUAUAUGAAGAGACAGUCGCAUUGCCCCUGGAAGCCCUCUUCAGCUCCGCACCUAGUUCGAAUUUCAUAAAAUCUUCGCGAAGACCCGGAGGACUCACGCCGCCGAAGAACAGUUUGCACAGUCGGUUCCAUCGAGGACGUGGUCGAGAGCCCCAGGACAACCGCGAGCAAGAAUUGGGAGAAGAAUACGAGGAAGAGGAAGAAGACUUCAUUACAACGCCAUCUAGCAGCAGGAAGGCGUCAUCCAGAGCUGGAGCCGUGAAGCCCACGCAGUCAAUCAGAUCUUCAUUCAAGUCAUCCUCCAAGAAUGCCAACAACCGGUUUGGCCGCGUGUCCAGCACUCCCGAACUGGCCACGGUAUCUGUAUUCAGCGACUCUCUCUCUGCGACGCCUUCCGGCGGAAGGCGAUUCCUCCCGCAGUCCUCGCAGCGUAAGAGCGGCUUCCGGCCCAGCAGCAACACAGCCAAUAACGACAACAGCUACACCCGCAGAGGGUACAAGCCUAGAGUGCAGUCUUCCUCUGUGGACCCGACCUCUACUAGCACCAGUCUGUACAAAUUCAAGUUGGCAAGGCCACCCGGCAGAUGGCAGUACAAGACAACGCCAAAACCGAGGGUUAAUAUCAGAAAGCAGAAUGAAGACGAGGCUGUGUUGUACGAUAAUGUGACGCUGACGACAACACAGCAACCUCAGCCUCAGUUUAACCCGACACCUUCCGAACUUAGAGCCAGGUCAGAUGACCCCGAUCAGGAGCCUACAGGGUCUGAUGUGGGAGUUACCUCUGUGAAAAACGAUGACUCUGAACAACCACCUCCAGUGGCGGAGACAAUCAAAGUUGAAAUAUCAACACCGGCGGAUUUCAGAGACACGUACUACGAAAUUGCAACUAUAAAGUCUCCAUAUACUUUCCAGGUUGGAACAGUGAAGAACACUCGGUUCAUCACAGUAACGUCAACAAUUGAAAAGAGCCUGGAGAACACGGAGAGUCCAUCUGUAAUCAGUCCCAGCGCUACGGAGCCUCUGACCGAGAACAUUCUCGCCAGCACUAUAGCGCCCGGUUACGAGAAGGACAAUAACCUGCCUCUAGACUCCAGUAUCGCCACUCUUCCUCCCAUUGGACUAGCGGGUGACGCUGAGACGCCGCCACUAGAAACCCUAACCGAGACCUUCAGUACCACGCAGCUUCUCCUCAAGACACACAUUCUUCCUGUGAUUCGCGGCGGCAAUGAUACAAUCAAGUACACCCUGGUACAGUCGUAUCACGUGACACGGCUCGUCACAGCUACCAAAACCCUGCCGCCAAUGGAGGUGUAUCACUUUGUGCCCAGUAAGACCCUCAACGAAUUCAACACGCACCUUGAGGAGGCAGGUUCUGAAUUACACCUGGAGCUGGAGUUCGGCGACAAUGACAAUCAGGACGACGAUGAAAAACCGGCGGCUCUGAGAGCGUUACAACCUGAUAUCGAUUUGGCAAACAUUGGCUCGGAUUUCGAUCUGUCCGAUGUCGAUAAGACCCACAUCCCCGAAGGUCAUAUCAGACUUAAGAAAGCUCAGUCUACAGCCUCGAAACCUAGCACUUCAACAGAAUCUCCUCCGAAUCCUGCUCUGAGUCCUGAACAACUUCAACAAUUAGCUUUGUUGCGACUCCUAAAUCCUGCAGCUGCUGCAGCUAUCCCGCAAGUUAUUACCACUUCGAGACCAGUGCUGAAAUUGGAGACGGUAUACGAGUCGCAUGUGCUACCAGUCAUAAAUGGAGCGUCUACAAGUUACAGCACCAUUUCCCGUCCAGUGGCGACAGUCAGCAAAACGGAAUACGAAUAUGGAACCAGCACGUUGCCAGCAAUUCCGGUUCCCCCAGUGAACCAGCUUAAUCCCCUCUUUCCCCCGCAGCAUCAGUUUGCCCUUACUUCGACUCCUGUUGUGACACAGACACUAGUGACAGAGACCAACAGCAAAGUGCUCAAAUUGACGUUUGGAGCAAAGACUGCGUACACCACUCUCCUGUCCACAAAAGUCGUACCAACUGUCUUAACUACAUACGUCACAGCUUCGGUUCCCGUUCAACCUUCAGCACCAGCAUUUCCAGGAUACUUCCCAGCACCAUACCCACAAUUCCCAUUUGUAGGCUGAAUCUUUCGUCACCCUCAUCUAGAGAUGACCGAGCAUUUCGAUCAGAUGUAAUAACUUGUGUUGCUACCCGAUGAACUUUACACAAA